UUUUGAGUUUGAAAGUGUGCCAUCCGCCACGUUUACGGCAGAGGGGCGGCUGCAGAAGUCUUUGGACUUGUUAAGAAGACCAUCGCGGAGUAUAACAGUAAAGCGAUAGAGAGAUUAACGAGCUGAAAAGGCAGAACUUUAACUGUUAUUUAGAGCCGGUUUCUGUCAUUAUUCAUGUAGCAUUAGCAUCUAGCCUGACGCUUUGUAGCCUAGUAGCGUGUGUUAACCAGGUAAAGCAAGUGUCUUCUGUUCUUAAGUGGUCUCUGAGGACUUCUUCAGUGCAGCACUAUGACAGAGAUUUCCUUUCUGGAGGAAACAGAGAUCCAAGAGCACCCACAGGUCAAAGAGGAGCAGGAGGAUCAGUGUAUCAGUCCAGGCAAGGAGCCUGAUACUUUCAACUAACACAUUUUUAGGACUAUAAACAAUAUUAUUAUUGAUGUCGUUUUAAGACUAUUUUAUGCCACUGAUAUAAUGAUAAUAGAGCAUAUUAAUCCAGGCACCCAGCCAGUCUCUGAGGAAUUGCCUCUUUCAUUGAAGCAAUAUGACUUAAAGAUAGAAGAAAUCCAAGAGUAUCCAGAGGUCAAACAGGAGCAUGUGGACCAGUGGGCCAGUUCAAACAUGGAGGCUGAUUCUUCGAGACAGCUUGAAGCAGAACAAACCACUAACUUUGAGCAUCUCCCAUCUUCCACAGCUGAAACAGAGAACAUAAACAAUAGCAGAGAUGACGAAUGGGAUGGAAGAGAUGGUCCAUCUUCACCUUAUCAGAGUCAUAGCAUUGAAGUCGUAUUGGAGUCAGAAGAACCUCCAAGGGGAGAAAAGUCUUGCCGUUUAUGUGGUGAAAGUUUUGUGAAGGACAGUGAUCUUGUAAGGCAUGUAGCCAAGAGCCACAAACAGCACAAAGCCUUUAAAUGUCUGGAGUGCAACAAGGAGUUUGAACAAAGGUGGUACCUCAUUCUGCAUACAAAAGUUCACACAGGUGAAAAACCCUUUAGAUGUGACUUCUGUGACAAAUCAUUCACCCAGAACUCAACUCGUGUUGUGCACAUGAGGGUGCAUACAGGGGAGAAACCCUAUUUUUGUAGUAGAUGUGGGAAAAGUUUUGCCACAAGCAAUCAUUUCAAAUAUUGCAAAAUGCAAAUUGAGUCCAAAACCACACCAGAAAAGAGGAACGUAGAUGAGGAUCACAGAGAGGAAAAGGCUUUUAAAUGUCCGGAGUGCAACAAGGAGUUUAAACAAAAGCACCACCUCGCUCUGCACACUAGAGUUCACACUGGUGAAAAACCAUUUAGUUGUGACAUCUGUGGUAAAUCAUUUUCUCAGAACUCGGGUCGUACUGUUCACAUGAGAACACAUACUGGAGAGAAACCAUAUCUAUGUAAGAAAUGUGGAAAGAGGUUUACCCAUCUUAAGCAUAGCAAAAUCUGCACCGGAAUACAGAAAAAGGGCAAAAACAAGACCUUUCGCUGCAAAACAUGUGGCAGAACAUUUUACACAGAUUCAGACCUGGAGGUGCAUAUGGAAGUUCAUGAGUCAUGGAAACGACACAUUGAGAAAUCGCAGGAACAAGCGUAAAAAGAAAAAAACGUAACUACAGUCUCUCACAAAAGUACAAUAUUUGUAAACGUGUCUUUUUUAUGGAGCUGAACACGAAACAGUAAUCACCAGUUUACCAGAUAAAAUUAAGAUUUAGGGCUGUGUCAAUUACACUUUGGCUAUUUUUAUUUUUGAGGAGAAGCAUAUAAACUGUCCCAAAUUACCUAUAUAAUAUAUAUAUAAAUAUACCAAUAACCACAUCUUCACAAGUGCAAGUUAUACACUUGGAAAGAAACCUAGCAUGUUCCCAUUGCUCUUAUUGUUCAAGUGCUUGUUCUAAAACAUUGUUUUUAUUGUGAAGGAAAAUAAAACAUGUUUUUUUUCCGAUGCUUUGUCUUUCCUGGUGAACUCAGGGAGGG